GAAAUAACCCAAAGGCAAAAAGUAGAUGGAAAUGAAAGGAACUAAGUGUCACAUCCUGAAUAUUCAAGAUACUGAAAAUCGAGGAAAUGCCUAUGAUGGAGAUGAUGAUGCUGACCCUUCUGUGACAUCACCGACUCCGCUCCCUCGUAUUCAGUUUCCCAGAUGCAUAGGGCACACCAUGAGCCAGCCCUCCCACCUCUUUGGCUAAUCAUGCAGAUCCUGAGAUGGUUUCUGUUCUUCUCUUUAUGCUUUACUUUGGGAUACACGUAUAUAUUUUCGGCCCUGAAAAGUUCAUCCUCAGAGAGAGAGCCUCUUUCUCAGACUGAUAGACCCUGUGGCGGUCACUAUCGGGUGAGGCAGAAUCCAGUGGAUCAAGCCAAAAACUGGAUUGGAAGCAAGUGGAUCUGGUUAGUGUUUUUGGGAUUACUGUAUGGUGUGAUAAAGAUUCUAGGGAGUUGGCAGAAGAAUGAGAACAAGGAGUCCGUCAGCCUUCGAGGCUGUUGGUUUCGACCCCUACAGAAGAAGUCUCCGAUUCCCCGUGGCAAAGACUUUGCUGUAGAUACUUUAACUCAAGUAGAGCUGGAGCUGGUAAGCCUUGUGUCUAAAGUAAAGCAACUCAAAGGUGCCCUAUCAAGCAACUGUUCAGAUCUAGAAGUGUUACCUCCAGACCAACUCAACAACAUUACGAUCUAUGAAAUAUGCGAAGAAAAUGACUCUGACUAGGUGGGUUAUUGCCCUGAAGUGGGAGAGUGAUAAAUUAUGAAAUAUGUGAAGAAAAUGACUGACUAGAUGGGAUACUGCCCUGAAGUGAGAGAAUGAUAAAUUAAGCCAGUGGAAAUGCAACGCAAACAAAUAAACUCCUCCAAAGCUACCUAA